AUGCCCGGCCCUACCAAGCCAGCUUCUGUGGUGACGGCGAGUCUUGAAGAAGCAACUGGGGAAUUCUUCAAGGGAAGCUUAGUGGACGGUUCUCUAGCAGCCGUCAAGAGAUUGGGAGGAAGCAACCUCGCAGGGUUCCUGACUGGAUCUGAAAAACUAUUUCUAGUUUAUGCGUUUACGCCUCGUGGAAGCGUAGCAAAUCACUUGGGAUCAUCUCGGUCAAAUCUUUUAGAUCGAGGGACCACCCUGGAACGGUCAGUAAGGAUGAGGGUUGCGAACGGAGUUGCCAAGGCGCUCGCUUACUCGCAUGAAGACUGCGAUCCCAAGAUCAUCCAUCGAGACAUUGAAGCUUCGAAUAUUCUAUUGGAUGAGAAAUACCGAGUGGCUCUCUCAGAUUUUGGACUGGCAGUGUUGAUGGACUACGAAUAA